AAUCACUUGUUUGCAGAGAUGUUAAGAGAAAAAAUGGCGGAUGAUGAUGUAAAAAAGAGAACUACACGGAGGCCUGAAACUCAGAAACUUGAUGAGUCUACUAGCGAAUCUAAUUCUGAUGAUCCACAUGGUAUAUGCAGAUCCAACCUAAGCCAGUCUGAACUACUCAGCAAAAUAGAGAUACUGCAGCAUAAGAUAAAAAAAUUAAAGAAAGAGAACGUUUGCGGCAGUAUAUUAGUGCAGGUGAAGAUUUUUCUGCAGUCGUUGCUGAUAUUAAGAAAACCGUUAUGGAGUUCAAGACCAGAGUGCAGCCCAGAGAGUCAGUUAAGACUGUAAGAAAGGAAGCAGCAUUAGGAAGGACAAUCUCAGAUCAUGCCUUCCUCAAAACACUAACACCACUACACACACCACAGCAGCAGACAGAAGAGACGGAAUUGGCAACAGAAGAAGACUGUGCUGAUGUUGCCAGUGAACAUGUGACUCUUAAAACAUCAGCUAAAGAGCUCAGACUCAGAAGAGAUGUCUGGAACGUUUUGAAGGGCUGCUCAAGUGUCUCAAAAUUUGUUGGAGACCUAACUGAGGCAGUGUUUGGACGGGACUACUGCGGUACUCACUCCUUGAGUGGGAAACGCUCCUCCCAAACAAAAGACCCAACCCGACCGGUCAAACCAGCUGCAGAUAGGCUCACAAUCAGAGCCAUAACGGAGGUGGCUGAGCAACUUUUCCCUGGGAAAAAGGUCCAGAAGGUGUUCUUCUCCACCAAAUUUAACAAUGUGGACAAGCUUGAAAGAGCUCUAUUUAAGGACUAAACUCUAGACCUGUAGCUGAGUCACUUGGUAAGAAGGA